AAUUUCUGUGAUGUUGUAUCUUUUAUGUCAUUUACUUCUCAAAAUUAAUUUUCUAUCUAGAAAAAAGUCUCAUUGUGGAAGGCAAGAGGGAAAAGAAAAAAGUAGAGAGGCUGACAAUGCAAGUGUCUUCCUUACAAAGAGAGCCAUUUACAAUUGCACAAGGAAAGGGGCAGAAACUUUGUGAAAUUGAAAGGAUACAUUUCUUUCUGAGCAAGAAAAAAACGGAUGAACUUAGAAAUCUACACAAACUGCUUUACAACAGACCAGGCACUGUGUCCUCAUUAAAGAAGAAUGUGGGGCAGUUCAGUGGAUUUCCAUUUGAAAAAGGGAGUAUCCAAUACAAAAAGAAAGAAGAAAUGUUGAAAAAAUUUAGAAAUGCCAUGUUAAAGAGCAUCUGUGAAGUUCUUGAUUUGGAGAGAUCUGGUGUAAAUAGUGAACUAGUGAAGAGGAUCUUGAAUUUCUUAAUGCAUCCAAAGCCUUCUGGCAAACCAUUGCCAAAAUCUAAAAAAACUUCUAGCAAAGGCAGUAAAAAAGAACGGAAUAGUUCUGGAAUGGCAAGGAAGGCAAAGCGAACCAAAUGUCCUGAAAUUCUGUCAGAUGAAUCUAGUAGUGAUGAAGAUGAAAAGAAAAACAAGGAAGAGUCUUCUGAUGAAGAAGAUAAAGAAAGUGAAGAGGAGCCACCAAAAAAGACCUCUAAAAAAGAAAAAGCGAAACAGAAAGGUACUCCUAAAAAUAAAAAGUCUGUAAAGAGUGCAAAUGUUAAGAAGGCAGAUAGUAGUACCACCAAGAAGAAUCAAAACAGUUCUAAAAAAGAAAGUGAAUCUGAGGAUAGUUCAGAUGAUGAACCUUUAAUUAAAAAGUUGAAGAAACCACCUACAGAUGAAGAGAUAAAAGAAACAGUGAAGAAAUUAUUGGCCAAUGCCAACUUGGAGGAAGUCACAAUGAAGCAGAUUUGCAAAGAGGUAUAUGAAAAUUAUCCUGCUUAUGAUUUAACUGAGAGAAAAGACUUCAUAAAAACCACUGUAAAAGAGCUAAUUUCUUGAGAUACAGGACAGAGACAGAUGACUUGUUCCCAUAGAUUUGAAGAUCUGAUUUAUACCAUUAUACCAGCAAAGAGAAUGUAUUUCCUUUUCUAAAUUCUCAUUAAGGAUUGUGUUGGUAGGACUUACUGCUGACCUUUUUUUUAUCUUGAGUGUUACAUAAAUCAGUUUGCCGCUUUAAAUUGCAUUUCUAUGCAGUUUUUAGUUUAAAAUCUUGCAUGGCAGUAAUUGUUCCUUGCUUUUAUAGUUGUACUUUGUACAUUUUGGAUUUCUUUAUAUAAGGUCAUAGAUUCCUGAACUGUUGUGGGUUUUAGUGCACUUAACAUUAGACUGCUUAAGGCAUAUUUUAAUCAAGUAGAACAAAACUAUUAUAGCCAGCAUUUAUACAUGCAGAGACUUGCAGUAUUUACUAUAUAUUUUGAAUACACAUUUUCUUCUGUCAGUGUGAAAACUCAAUGGCGGUGUGCUCAUCUUUAACAAGCUACAGCUAGCCAAGUGACUAAAUUGGAACUUUCUUCUGCAUGUGUAUAUAUGUCAAAUUGUCAGCAUGAGAGAAAUGACAGAUGUUAUUUUUGUAUUUUUAAAAAACCAAUUUGUUGUAUAUAAAGUUUUUUUUAUUUCUUUUGUGCAGAUCAGUUUUUAAAUUCAACAUAGGUAGGGACCUUUAUUUACACUUGUAAACUAUGAAAUGUCAGUGUUUGGCGAGAUGGAGUGACAGACCAGGGGAAGUCAGAAUUCAGUGAUGGGAACGCUGAAGGAACUGUCUAGUUCUGCUAUGCCUCCAAAGUGUCAUCCAGCUAUAGUUUGUGUUAACUCUGCAAAAGUGUCUGUGGACGCAUUUUAUAUUAAGGACAGACCAAAAUCAACACAUCAAAACGUCAAAAACUUUGGGAAAGGGUGGGUUUGAGUACAAGGACAUUUGGCUUAUAGUAAAUGAACUGAUUUUAUUAACUGAUUUUGACCAUAUAAAAUGCUGAUAUUUACAGGAAACCUGGCCACCUCCAUAAUUAUGAUAAAAGUAUAAGGUGUAAUGCCAGAAGAUAAUGUGUAGGUAAUAGCAAUUUCUCAAAAGUAAUUUUUUAACAUUAAAGAAAUUUAAUGUGGAAUCAGGGCUCUUGGGUUUUAAAUUUUGGCCAAUCAAGAUUCAAAGUGAUCAACAUGUGGACCACUCCUGGUCAUAUCCAUGUCUCUUCCCCUGCCCCCACCACCCUGUACUGGGGAUGGAACCCUGGGGUGCUCCAACACUGAUUUAUAUCCUCAGCCCUUUUUGAGACAGGAUGUUACCAAGUUGCCUAGACUGGUCUCAAACUUGUGAUCCUCCUGCCUCAGCCUCCUAGUAGCUGGGAUUAUAGGCUUUCAUCACUGUACCCAGCCCACUCCUGAAUUAUAAGACUAAAUUUUGUCUUUUAAAUUAAUGGUCUUAAUCAGUUUAAACAUGCUGCCUAUGACAGAUAUUUAAUGUACCAAUUGAAGUGUUUAAAAAUCUUUGCAUCAUAGAAAUGUAUAUAUAAGUGAUUUAACAGGUAUUUUCACAGGUUAGUUUCUUGAUAAAGUUAGGACUUUAGGGGAAAGCAUACUUAAUACGAGUGAAUGGAAUAAGCAACAAAGACCUAAAAAUUGACCUUUGAUUUUAAAUAUCUGUUCUUACAAACCUUGUCAAUAAAAAUAGUGAUGUUUUAAGUCUCUUGAA